AGACACCCAAUGUCAAAAGUGUAUGCAUCUCUCGUUUUGCUCAACGAAGAAACCUCUUUCGCCAGAGCUAUCUUGCAAGGAGAACCUUUCUGAAGUUUUUCUGAUGAACGUGAAAGUCGCCUUUAGUGCAAAUUUUCAUCUGUAAUUCGCAAACAAAAUGUCCAACAACGCAGCACACCGACAUCGGUACAAAAAUGUCGGCCUGGAUUCGAAUGAGAUGCGCCGUCGACGAGAGGAGGAGGGAAUCCAACUGCGCAAGCAAAAACGUGAACAGCAACUUAUCAAACGGAGAAAUGUGAAUGUCGACGAGGAAGUGGACACGGGCGCAAUCUCUACUGAUGAAUCACAAUCAUCUGACCAACACCCGCUGAUCAAACAGGAAACGAUCCAGGCACUGUACAGUUCCUUUGUGGAGGAUCAGCUUGCGGCAACCCAAAAGUUCCGCAAAUUGCUCUCCAAAGAGCCAAAUCCGCCAAUCGAUCUGGUUAUUCAGCAUAAUAUCGUACCUCAGUUUGUUGAAUUUUUGGCGAAUACUUCCAACUCGACACUACAGUUUGAAGCAGCUUGGGCUUUGACCAACAUCGCCUCAGGAACCUCAGAGCAAACGAGUGUUGUGAUAGCCGCCGGCGCUGUGCCGAUCUUCAUCAAGCUGCUCGAAAGUCCGCACGUUGACGUGCAGGAACAGGCCGUCUGGGCACUAGGCAAUAUUGCGGGCGAUUCACCGGAAUGCAGAAACUUCGUAUUGGAUGCCGGCGUGUUAGACCCAUUGCUUCAUGUUUUGAGCUCGUCAACUAGAUUGAAUUUGACCAGAAAUGCUGUUUGGGCACUGUCUAACUUAUGUCGCGGGAAGAAUCCUCCUCCAAACUUCUCCAAGGUGGAGAAAGGUUUGCCAAUCCUGGCCCGGCUGAUGUUCCACAUCGAUGUGGAAGUGCUAGGAGACGCCGUUUGGGCUGUUAGUUAUCUGUCCGAUGGACCGAACGAUAACAUCCAGGCAGUUAUUGAAGCCGGGUGCUGCCGGAGACUUGUCGAGUUAUUGCUACACAACAAUAACAAUGUUGUGUCCGCUGCUUUACGAGCCGUGGGAAACAUUGUGACAGGAAAUGAUAAUCAGACCCAGCUGAUUCUGAACUGCAAUGUCCUUCCGUCGAUACUGCAGCUGCUCAGUUCACCGAAAGAAACAAUUCGGAAAGAGGCUUGCUGGACCAUCUCGAAUAUUGCGGCAGGGAAUCGACAACAGAUCCAAGCCGUUAUAGACGAAAACAUCUUCCCGAGCAUUAUCGAGUUGCUAUCGAAGGCAGACUUCAAAACCCGGAAAGAGGCAGCCUGGGCAAUCACGAAUGCCACCAGUGGUGGAACGAUGGAUCAAAUCAAAUAUUUGGUUCAAGCAGGCUGUAUACCCCCCAUGUGCGAGCUCUUGACAGUGAUGGACCCGAAGAUUGUAACGGUAGCCCUGAAUGGGCUGGAAAAUAUUCUCAAAGCUGGCAGCCAGCAUAAAGUCAAACCGAAUACCUAUGCAUUGCUAAUUGAAGAGUGUUAUGGCUUGGACAAAAUCGAAUUUUUGCAGUCUCACCAGAAUAACGAAAUUUACGAGAAGGUAUUCAACAUCAUUCAGACAUACUUCAGCAAUGACGAGGAGGAUGUGGCAGUCGCACCGUCCACCGAGAACAACCAAUUCCAGUUCAACGCCGACCAGUCUGUGCCAAUGGAUGGCUAUCAAUUCUAAUCAUUUGAAAUAUGCUUCCAAUCAAAGCCGACACAUGCAACAUAGAGUAAACCAAACUACCCAACAGAGACGGAUGGCGAGAAAAAUAUUGUGAAUCAAUUUCUUUCCGAGAAAAAAAAAACUUGUUGGCGCAACUUUGUAAAAACAGAAAAAAUGGGAUUCCCAUGGACUUGAUUCGGUAAUAACGGUUGCUAACCGAGCUGACAAAGAGACGAUCAAUAGAGAGAGACGACACAUUUACAACGGAUAUGACCAUAUGCUGCAUGCACUAUUCAAACAGAAACAAGGAAAACACGAUGCUAAUUGUAGCUGAUAGUGACGUAACUUAACGAUGGCCUUUGAUUGACCACCUUCUUGUGACCAUUCUCCCAAAGGAAGAUAAAUAUAUACGGAUUAACUGGAAAGAAGCCAGAAAGGACUUGUUUACUUGAAGAAAAACACAAUAUUGUUUCAAGCACGACCGCGAAAGAAACGGUUGUGUGAAAGUUUUUUGUGCCCUCACCUCUGUUACGUGGACUCGAAAAUUAACAUAUGACGAUCCAAAAAAAAACAGCAUGAUAUUUAUGACUAACAUGAACAAAAUGUUAUUAGUGGUUUACUAGUGCUACCAUUUGAAAAGGAAAAAAAUAAACUGUGGAAAAGUGUAACAGCAGCA